AUGGCUAGUCGCCCCCAAGGCCCCCUCGCCGUUGGACCUGCAGACUACACUCACCCUGAUGCUAAGCAGAUCGUUGUCAAAAACGCCGCUGUGGCAGUGAAUCCCCUUGACUGGGCAAAACAACACGUCGGCGACAAAAAAUGGGAAUGGAUCACCCUCUCAUUCAUCAUCGGCCAAGACAUUGCCGGAGAAGUCGUCGAGAUUGGAUCUGAAGUAACCCGCUUCAAAGUUGGUGACCGAGUCAUUGCCCACGCAGUGGGCUUCUACCUGUACGGGAACCGGGCUGCCGAGGGUGGGUUCCAACAUUACACCAUCGCACGCGAACACAUGGCCAGUCCGAUUCCUGAGGAGUUGUCCUUCGAAAGGGCAUGUGUCAUCCCCAUGUGUUGCUCUGCCGCCUCGUGUGCGCUCUACCAGAAGGGCUAUCUUGCCCUUGAUUACCCCACUGUUCCCGCGCAGCCAGUGAACAAAGAAUACAUUCUUAUUACGGGUGGUUCGACGGCAGUGGGGGGUAACGCGAUUCAGCUUGCCAAAUUUAGCGGGUACACAGUGGUGACGACGUGUUCGGAACGGAACUUUGCUCACGCAAAAGACCUUGGCGCGGACUUGGUCUUCGAUUAUAAUAGUCCCACUCACGAGGCUGAUAUCGCGGCAGUCUUGCAAGGCCAGAAGGUUGCUGGUGCAUUCGCCGUUGGACCCAGUUCGGUGGAGUUAUGUAUUCAUGUGCUGGGUCAGCUGGGCGAUGAGUGUCGCAAGUUUGUUGUGAAAGCCAGCUUUCCAUGGCCGAAGGACGACCCGAAGGAUGAUGAGGAGUAUUGGGCUUAUAUGAAGUGGGUGGAUGAGUGGAACCAGGGUAUCAAGGCCAUGGCGGAUGAGGUGGGAAUUGAGACAAAGUAUGUCGAAGGUGCGGAACUAGGCAGAAAUGAGGUUAGCCAAGUAGUUUACGUGGAUUUUCUGCCCACGGCCCUGGCAAAGGGAACGUAUGUGGCUGCUCCAGAACCGCAGGUUGUUGGGUAUGGGUUGGAGAGCAUUCAACAAGCUCUUGAGAUUCAGAAGAAGGGGGUCAGUGCAAAGAAAGUUGUUGUGAGCUUGGAGGAGUAG